AUGAAUCGAGCGACAUCGUCCACAGAAAGAAGCUCGCGCUCCUCUUUCUUUGACCGUGCUUUGCGCAAUAUCCCUCUACGCAGAAUCAACUCGGAGUCUGAAGCAGAAUGCAAAGCUGAAGCCUUUGGUGCCACCGGGCUCAACCUCCUUCACACCCCGGCGUCGGAGACCAUUGUGGACAUCGUCUUCGUUCACGGUCUAAAAGGAGGCUCUCGACAAGCAUGGAGCUAUUCCUCACACCCUUCUCAUUUCUGGCCGAAGGCCUGGCUCCCGUUCCAUCCAGAACUCAAGCACGCCAGGAUACAUAGCUACGGUUACAACUGUGACUGGACUGUCAGAGGGGAAACUCCGCUCAGCAUCCAUGACUUUGGUCAGACACUGAUCGAGAUUUUGUACCACAGCUCAGAACUGAGAAAAGACACGACAACGAAGAUCGUUCUGGUGGCACAUAGCAUGGGUGGGCUCGUCGUCAAGAAAGCAAUCAUUGCCUCGCGCCAAAACCCUACAUUCCAUGACCUUGGCCAACGAAUUUAUGCCGUUUUCUUUUUCGGCACCCCGCACCGGGGAUCCGAUCUUGCUACGAAUCUCGAUAAUUACCUGAAGGCAACGUUCCAUACGCCCAAGAACUAUGUCCGGGACUUGUUUCCUGGGUCCGAAGCUAUCAAUGUGCUGAACGAAGAGUUCAGAAACGCUUACGAGGGUAUCAAGCUUUAUUCCUUUUUUGAGACCAUGCCUAUGCCUUGGCACUUCGGAGCUGGUCUGGUAGUCGACAGAAACUCCGCAAUACUCGAUUGGAAGGGGGAACACCAGAUAAUGAUUCAAGCUGAUCAUCGUGGUAUGAACAAAUUUGCUGGACCGGAUGACCCGGAGUACCUGAAAGUGAAAGAAUGCCUCAGCACUGUUGUUCAAGAAAUUGUUCAGAUGGCCCCAGACAGCAAGACCCACGGUUACCAGAACGACCUCUGCACCAUAGCCGCCGAUCUUGACAUCCUCAGUGAUCCCGAGGACUACUUCUCUGAGCUCGAGGACGAAAGGUUAGAAGGCUCAUGUGGGUGGCUCCUUGAAAAUGGCGAUUUCCAGGAAUGGAUGUCUAACGGUACAUCCGCCCGGUAUUUCUGGCUGAGAGGUCCUCCGGCAACAGGAAAGUCGAUGCUCGCAUCUUCCGUGAUUAGUGAGCUGGACCCUCGCUCAUGCAGCUACUUCUUCUUCAAACAGGGAGACCAGCAGAGGUCUAGUGUCAGCAGACUCCUCCAAUCGUUCGCUUAUCAAAUGGCCAAGAACAAUAUAGCCAUCCGAAAGUGCUUGGUCAACCUCGCAAAGGAGAGCUUCCAGACGCCUAAAGAUGACUAUAAGGCAAUAUGGAGAAGAGUGUUCCAGAAUGGCAUUUUCACGAAAUGGCCACAAGAACGACAGUACUGGGUCAUAGAUGCCCUUGACGAAUGCAGAGUUUCGGCAUCGAAAGUAUACGAACACCUUUACUCAAUCCUUUCAAGAAUCGAUGGCCAGCUCCCACUCAAGAUAUUGAUCACAAGCACCCCAUCUAGAGACAUAGAUCAGCUCAUGGGCAGGCUGCCGAAGUUCCAGGUCCAGAUAAGUCUAGACUCGACCUUGCAAGACAUCCGCCGCUACGUUGAGGCGAACUCGAACAAUCUACCCGACCAAGGUGACCAUGCACGGAAUUCGCUGAUAAGAAAAGUGAUCGAGAAGUCUUCAGGCUGCUUCUUGUGGGUCUCUUUCGUAGUUGAUCAGCUCAAAGAAUGCUACAGCUCCGAGGAGAUCGAGGAAGUACUUGAGGAAAUUCCGGAGGCACUUGAAGACAUCUACCGAAGAAACAUAAAGACCAUGAUUUCGCACGUCAGGAGUGCGAAGUUGGCGAAAACCGUGCUUACAUGGACGCUGUACGCCGUUCGCCCACUCAAGGUUGAAGAACUAAAAAGCGCGAUCAAGUUGGACACCGGCCAAGACGUGACGAGAGACCUGGAGACCUCCAUCGCCCCGUUAUGUGGUCACUUGGUACAGGUCGACAAGCACGGGAAUGUACAGAUGGUGCACCAAACUGCAAGAGCCUUUCUCACGAGCAGCAACCUUGCUUCUGACUUUCAUGUGUCAACGGCAGAAGGACACCUACAUUUGGCUCUUGCAUGUCUCAAGUAUUUAUGUUCCGAUGAGAUGAAACAUACGAAAAGCCAGCGAGCGAGCUACGCCACGAAGUCGGCGAUUGCCCCAUACGCAUGUGCCGCCUUCUCUGAGCAUCUCGCUCGAGCCACAUCUACGUCUGAACCUCUGUUCCGGCUUCUUACCACCUUCCUCAGGACAAAUGUCCUGACUUGGAUAGAGUACAUGGCACAGAGACGAGACCUGUCGACGCUCGUCCAGACAGCAAAACAAUUCAAGACUUAUCUAGGCCGUCGAGCCAAACAUAUUGCCGCUCUUGAGGACGAUAUCAGAAUGUGGGCGAAGGAUCUCCCAAGGAUCGUAACGGAGUUUGGGUGGAACCUCCUACAGUUUCCGACGGCAAUUCACGAUCUCAUUCCACCUCUAUGCCCUCGCAAUUCAAUAAUCUACACUUCAUUUGGACGCCGUCUGUCUGGAAUCAAGCUUCUGGGUCUGGCUAAUACUGAUUGGUACGAUCGCAUUGCCUGUGCCCUUUACAAAGAUAACCUCGCCAGAUGCGUUGCGUGCCGCGAUCAGUGGUAUGCAGUCGGUGUCGCAGAUGGAAGAAUCUAUCUUUACGACACAUCAACCUGUGAGGAGCUGAAGUUCUUGGAUCAAGGAGAGUCAGUCAGGCUGCUUGAAUUUGGGCCCGGGGCUAAGCAUCUGGCUUCAGCCGGCCUGCACUAUGUCACUGUCUGGGAUGUCAGAACAGGCAUGAAAGUACUCGAGAUCAAGUUAGAUUACACUCCUUUCUCCAUGGCGUUCAACGAAUUAGAGUCAACGAUCACAAUCGCCACUAGGUCACUCGAGAUAUCCACCUGGUCACUGCAGUCCAAGGAACGCACCUCUGCGCACGCGUUGGAUAAUGUGUUGAAGACGGAGGAUCCCCGGAAAAUUGGCCAAGUACCAGCCAUCAUACAGCUUUCCACAGAGUGCGGAAUGAUUGCGGUCGCCUAUAGGUCGAGGCCACUAUUGCUCUUUGAUCUCGAAGCAAUGCAGUGCCUGGGAGCGUGUUAUAGUCCUGGUGGCGGUGCUGACGACACGUCUUACUAUGUCACUUCCGUCGCUUUCAAUCCCAACCCCGAAACCAAACGCCUCGUUGUUGCAUAUUGGGACGGCACUCUCGCAUUGUUUGAUACUCGCUCACUGGCCAUGGUCCAAAUGGCAAAAGAGCUGUCUCAAAUCCUGGCUGUAUCGCCAGACGGUAGGACCUUGGCGGGGGAAAGUUCGAGUGGCAAAAUUCAGCUUUUUGACUUCGACACUCUGGACUUGCUUUAUUCGGUGACACCAUCCGAUGACGGUGUCUCCUCUUUGACGUUCACAGCGGACUCAAGACGACUGAUAGACACAAGGGCAUAUCAAAGCAACGUAUGGGAGCCGUCGGUGCUUGUACGCAAUUCCCCUGAUGACAAUCAUAGUGAGCCGAGCGACACGCUUGUGGGAGCUUUGGAUGCACUCAGCAUGACGGCACAAGAACGCACUAUUAACAUCACAUCGAUCGUAUGCUGUUCAGGCGGAAACCAAGCCAUCUGUGGCAAGUCCAAUGGUUCCGUCGAGAUAUACGAUCUAACUGCAGAACACAAAGCUUCAUGGCCCCUCUACAAACACGCGUCGACAUCGACGGAGGUAUCAAUCCUUGACUGGAACGAAGAUUAUCGGAUUCUGGCAAGUGCGGAUGUUUCUGGACGAUUCCAGGUCGUGCGUCUGCGGGAAGAUCCUGGGAGCAGAGGCUCUAUUGUUAAUAUCGUCCUAGACGAGCGAUUGGAGUAUUCGGCCGCAGUACAGCAGCUCUUACUGAGUGGUUCAGGCACUCGACUCCUGGUGUCCAGUGACCAGGUAGAUCAUCUAUGGUGUCUGAAAACGAAGAGGAUAAUAAGAUCCCACCGCGGACUGAGCAGGACAAAAUGGAAAUGGUUCAAGCACCCUUCCUCACCGAACCAGAUGAUUCUGCUUCAGGACGACAGCAUUAGCAUCUAUCACUGGAGAGAUUUCGAACCGAUCUCUGACAGAGUACUCAUCUCUUCCCCGUCCGACCAAGUGGCCGCCUUGGAUGUGGAUACUGCAGUCCUCUUGAGGCACGAUGGUAAUCUGGUGCUGAGAAUGCUUUCCGACAAGGGCUCGGUGCCUAGUGGAGAAGGUGAUGCGUCGCGGAAUGUCAAAAACUUCAGGCUCUACACGAUCGACCUUUCAAUGCUCAAGCCCGGUCUAGGGAAAAUCGCACCAACCCCGUUUUUCGCCGAAUAUCAGGCCUCGAAUUCUCCCGACGUCGACUUGCUAAUAGGGACGGUGAUCAGCAUGAUUGGCGGCCAUAUGCUGGUUUUCAUGACAGAAAGCGGCUGGGUGUGCUCUCUAGACCUAAGUUUCAAGGUGCCUCAUGAAUCUUUUCGGCGUCAUUUCUUUGUUCCUUUUGCAUGGCUCAGCCUGUCAACCAGAGUGCUUGCGAAAGUCACCGACACAAGGGACAUCCUAUUUAUCCACGGAGAUGAGAUAGCUGUGGCGCAGAACGGCCUCGACGCGGUGGAAGUGGUUUCCAUGCGUGGCUGAAUACAAGCAACCAUGCCAAACGACCUAUUCACAGCUAUGGGUCAGUGCCGUGGAUGGCAACGAGACGGUCGGCUUACGUAGAGUUAUUGCUACUGUACGACGAGGGCAUUCAGAUACCUUGAGGCGAGGUGCAGAAGUCCCUAUCGGGAUGUAG